UUUAUGCGUAAAACGCAACUCCCCGUCGCAGCGCGUCUCUCUCCCUCCCUCUGUCGCUCUCCCUCCCCCUCUCUCUCACUCGCCAGCCGUCAGCUGUACCCCGGACUCGCUCGUACGCACACCGCGUGCUCUCGCCGCUCGUGAGCACGUGCCCACAAACCCCGAGCAAGUUUGCUGUGCGCGUAGCAGAGAUAAGCUGGCAGACCCGACCGCAGCGCUCAAAACGCGAAAGGAGGAGGAGGAAGGGGUUGUGGCAGAUUGAUUUUCUGUGCUCCGGUUGGGCGAGCAGUGUGAGCAGCGAGCAACGCAUUGCAGAUUUUCACCACGAAGGCUGCUGCUGUUGUUGCUGCUGCUGCUCCCUUGCCCAAGGGCUCUCUCGCCAAGCACGCUGCUCAUCAGCCUCUCCCCCGCCAUACGAGACGACGAAGAGACUCGCGUGAGAGGGCACCUACAAGGCCAUUCCGUCCGCGACCCAGCAGCCCGCAGUCAUAACAAGGAGGCGACGGGUGCGUUUUGCGUGCGCGUUGCGCUCCGCCGGACCUCACGCAUGGGCCGUCCCCUCGUACGAUGGGCGACGAGCCAGAGUUCAGCCAGGACGGGGUGCUCAACUUCCUCGUGGAGAGCGGAGGCCGCGUGGCCAACACCGAGCUCCUGCACCGGUUCAGGGGCGCGCUGGGCGAGCCGAGUGCUCGCGAGCUCUUCAAGGGCUUCGUGAACGCCGUGGGUCUCGUGAAGCAGGAGGACGGCGCCAAGUACGUGGUGCUCAAGAAGAAGUACAAGCAGCACCUGCUGCUGCGCACGCAGACAGCCGGGGUCGAUGGGCCGCGGACAGCCGGGGUCGACGGGCCGCGGACAGCCGAGGCCGCCGACCGAGGAGGAGGAGACGAACGCGCCGAUGGGACCCUCCUGCCCUCGGAGCAACCGCCAGGCGGGGGGAGACAUUCGGAGCAGUCGGCCAAGCAGCAGGCGGUGACCCCGAGCAAGGCAGGCGAGAUGACGCGCAUCAUAGCCCUGCCGAGCUGCGCGAGCGUGGAUGAGGAGCGAGGUGGCGGCGGUGGCGGUGCGGGAGGAGACGCGAGCUCAGGAGGAGGCGGUGAGGCGAGUUCCGCGGCGACCGUGGUGCCUCCUCCUCCUGCUCCGGUGGCCAUCAGCAUCACUGUUCCCUCUCCGGCGGUGGACGCGACUGGGGGGAGGGGUCCCUUUGCGGAGGGCGGCCUCGCGGCCAAGACGGCGGCGGCACGCCGAGUGUCCGUGGACGAGUCAUCACAAGGCCACGCCGCAGCGUCUGCGGAGGACGAGGACGAGGGGACGACGACCCCAGGGUCAAGGUCAGAGGCAGCCGCGUGCACAGAGGCCGAGGGCAGCGGCUCCCAGGACGCGGGGGAGGCCGGGAGGAGUGACAGCGGAGAGGAGGGGUGCCGAGGCGAGUCGGGGCCAGGCGGUCCAGACAGUUCGAGCCAGGAGGUCUCGAGUGGAGCGACAGCUUCUGUUGCUGCUGCUGCCGCUGUCGGAGCUGACGCCGGGGGAGGAGUUGGGAGAGGGUCCUUCAAGACGACACCGAAGAACUUAUCGCAGGGUCUGCGCGUCCCCGGGUCGCCCCAAGCGAAGAGGCACAACUCGUCGUCGUCGUCUUCGCCCAAGAGCCCAUUCAUCGCCCCCAACUUUGUCGGCGGCGACAAAACUGGAGCGGGCGAUUCAGACACCGAAUCCGUGGGCUCGGCUCGAACCAGCGAGGACGACGGCGCGGGAGGAGGGGGCAGCAGCUUCGGGGCCCCUCUGGCUCUCGAGCCGGUGGAGCACGAGUGGAUCGUGAGCGCGGCGCGCGGCGACUGGAGCAACCUGCACGGCCUCCUGCUGGGAGAGCCCUCGCUGGCGCUGCGACGUGACCCUCUCACGGGCUACACGGCGCUCCACUGGGCGGCCAAGCACGGCAAGGCCGACAUGGUGCCCGUCCUGGUGGCGGCCGCAGAGUCGUCGGCCGGAACGGCGGACGACGUGAACGUGCGCUCCCACGGGGGCUACACGGCGCUGCACCUCGCCGCAAUGCACGGGCACACCGACGUCGCCAAGAUGCUCGUGGGUGCCUACGAGGCGAACGUGAACGCACGCGACUACAGCGGCAGGAAGCCGUGGCACUACCUGUGCCAGGACGCAUCGUGGGAGAUCCGCGAGCUGCUCGAGGCGCCCGUGGUCGACGGAGCGGAGCGGCCCGCGACGACGGAGGUGGCACGCAGGAAGCUGCCACGGCCCUACCUGGGCAGCCUCAGGAUCCCGUCCGGUCACGGUGGGGGCGCGGGGUCGGACGACGAGGCGGACGGUGGCGGUGGUGGUGGCGGCAACUUUCUGCGCGACAUGCAGCUCAUGCGAAGGCAGUCGUUCGCCAAGUUGCUCAAGGCGCCGAUGAGCAAGAAGCGCCACAAGACGCAGAUCAUCCACUCGUCGUCCAGCGUGAGAGAGACGAGGGCCAAGGAAGAGGGAGACCUGCCGGUUGGCAAGGUGGCCCUAUGACCGCGCGAGAGGGCCCACGCUCUCUGGCUGGGAUUGCUAUUGUUUUGAAAUGUUAUUUUACAACUGUUGACGGUAUGCCACGGGGGAGACGUCCCAGGGUUGACUUCGUGAGAAGGAGUGCUCGUGAAAUGCUGCACGGUGCAUCGCACUGUAGUAGACCGAGCGACCGUGCCCGUUUUCAUUUGUAAGCGACGUCUACAAUUUUAAAGUUUUGUUAAAUUAGUGUGCAGCCCCUUUCUCAACCGCCUGUUAGUUACAGGCCUUCCCGUGCCAUGCCGGUCACGGUGGUUGUUUGAGUUUGACCUUAAUGCCAUCACGCUGUUCAGUGCAUGUUGAAGAACGACCACUCGCCACGGACGUUGAAACCGUGACUGAGAAUGGAACGCAGGAACCUCCGGGCUCAUAGCGCAGUGCGCUCACCCCUCUUGCACCACACACCGUCACGCACUUUGGUUUAUAGGUCAAACUAAAACCCUGCGAGUCCUCUAAACUUUUUAACACUCUGAUGUCGCAGCAGCAGCUGAAGGAGACCCGAGUGGCGCCAACAAAUGCAUCUUGUGAAGAUUCUAUUUGCUCGGCUAGAGGCGACACUUUUGACAGCAACGCGUCUCCGACGAGGUCUUUGCUGUGCGGAGAAAAAUGUGCAGCCGCCUCGAGACUUAUGUUGGCUGAUCGUCCCCUCGUAGGCAGCAUGUGCCACCAUUCCACAAGAUUGUCAAGCACAGGCGCACGCACACACGGAGAGGCGGCGUGUUGUGGGAGGUUUUUUGUAAAGUGUUAUUUAAAAACAAUAUUUUCAAAUGUACUGUAUAGGGUACUGUGGAUGGUUAAAAAAAAACCCACAGAUGAAUCAUGAAUACGAGUGAAUUUUCAGACUUCCACAUACACCCCCCCCCCCCCAGUGAAUGUACAUCGAGAGUUGGAUGUAACAAAACGGCUUCAGAAAACGCCGCAUUCAUCCGAAAAAUUCUCAACGCACGGGUAAUAUUUCUGUAAGGAUAAUUCUCUGCAUGGGUGUUAUGCACCCUUUAACAUUUAUCCCACAGUCGCUAUCAGUGCUCGUCAGGCUGGUCAUGUGCGUUAUGCGUCACCAGGCUCACAGUGCAUUGCCGAAGACGCAGCUCUUUAUUUUAAUGCCACGUGCGGCCAUGACUUGUCACGACAGAUAAUGAUUCCCCCACCACGUGGAGUUUGAGAGUGAUUGGCAUGAGUUAUGUAAUUGUCCCCGUUUGUAUUCCUAUUGGGUCAUCGGCGUCAUUCCACGAGAUAAAAAUUCGAAAGCCUUGCAGUGAGAAGUACUUUGCACCCUGUUAAGGAGAGAACGGCUCGUAUAAGGUAAUAUCACAAAACUACUUCUGGAGAGCCUUUCAAAUGACAUUGUAUAUAUACUUAAUUUGGAGCUUUCGUGACUGCAGGAAUUACUCUUUGGUUCUUUCGGUAAAGUCACGUAUAAAGAGAAAAGAAUAAAUUAAAUACUAGCAUACGACGUUUCGAUUGCAACACAAGCAAUCGUCAUCAGGUAUAAAUGAAAUAGAAACACAAAUCUAGUAGACUUAGAAAUGUAAUGUAAUACAACAGA